UGCUUCAUUCGCCUCACAAACAACCACAGAACCACAAGUGCGGUGCAAACUUUCUCCAGGAGGACAGCAAGAAGUCUCUGGUUUUUAAAUGGUUAAUCUCCGCAGGUCACUACCAGCCACCGAGACCAACAGAGUCAGUGAGUGCCCUUUAACCACAGCCUAUGCAGUAAUAGUAGGUCCUUCAAAUAUUUGCUCAUUCUCUUUUUGUUUUGUUUCCUUGCUUUGCACAUGUUACCAGCUACAUAAUUUCUUGACAGAAAAAAAUAAAUAUAAAGUCUAUGUACUCCAGGCAUACUGUAAAACUAAAACAAGGUUUGGGUAUGGUUUGUAUUUUCAGUUUAAGGCUGCAAGCAGUAUUUACAACAGAGUGUACAAGUUCUAUCUGGAAAAGGAGGGACUAUGGCAUCAAACAGCCUCUUCAGCACAGUGACACCAUGCCAGCAAAACUUCUUCUGGGAUCCGAGCACCAGCCGGCGCUUCAGCCCCCCCUCCAGCAGCCUGCAGCCCGGCAAGAUGAGCGACGUGAGCCCGGUGGUGGCGGCGCAGCAGCAGCAGCAGCAGCAGCAGCAACAGCAGCAGCAGCAGCAGCAGGAGGCGGCGGCGGCGGCGGCGGCGGCGGCGGCGGCGGCCGCGGUGCCCCGGUUACGGCCGCCGCACGACAACCGCACCAUGGUGGAGAUCAUCGCCGACCACCCCGCCGAGCUCGUCCGCACCGACAGCCCCAACUUCCUGUGCUCCGUGCUGCCCUCGCACUGGCGCUGCAACAAGACCCUGCCGGUGGCCUUCAAGGUGGUAGCCCUCGGAGAGGUACCAGAUGGAACCGUGGUUACGGUCAUGGCGGGUAACGAUGAAAAUUAUUCUGCUGAGCUCCGAAAUGCCUCUGCUGUUAUGAAAAACCAAGUAGCAAGGUUCAACGACCUGAGAUUUGUGGGCCGGAGUGGACGAGGCAAGAGUUUCACCUUGACCAUAACAGUCUUCACGAAUCCUCCCCAAGUAGCCACCUAUCACAGAGCUAUUAAAGUUACAGUAGAUGGACCUCGCGAACCCAGAAGGCACAGACAGAAGCUUGAUGACUCUAAACCUAGUUUGUUCUCUGACCGCCUCAGUGAUUUAGGGCGCAUUCCUCAUCCCAGUAUGAGAGUAGGUGUCCCGCCUCAGAACCCACGGCCCUCCCUGAACUCUGCACCAAGUCCUUUUAAUCCACAAGGACAGAGUCAGAUUACAGACCCCAGACAGGCCCAGUCUUCGCCGCCGUGGUCCUACGACCAGACUUACCCCUCUUACCUGAGCCAGAUGACUUCUCCGUCCAUCCACUCGACCACCCCCCUCUCCUCCACGCGGGGCACUGGGCUCCCCGCCAUCACGGAGGUGCCCAGGCGGAUUUCAGAUGAUGACACUGACACCUCUGACUUCUGCCUCUGGCCUUCCACUCUCAGUAAGAAGAGCCAGGCAGGUGCUUCAGAACUGGGCCCUUUUUCAGACCCCAGGCAGUUCCCCAGCAUUUCGUCCCUCACUGAGAGCCGUUUCUCCAACCCACGAAUGCACUACCCAGCCACCUUUACUUACACCCCGCCAGUCACCUCAGGCAUGUCCCUCGGGAUGUCCGCCACCACUCACUACCAUACCUACCUGCCACCGCCCUACCCGGGCUCUUCCCAAAGCCAGAGCGGACCCUUCCAGACCAGCAGCACACCUUAUCUCUACUAUGGCACUUCGUCAGGAUCCUAUCAGUUCCCCAUGGUGCCCGGCGGAGACCGGUCUCCUUCCAGAAUGCUUCCGCCGUGCACCACCACCUCGAAUGGCAGCACGCUAUUAAACCCCAAUUUGCCUAACCAGAAUGAUGGUGUGGACGCUGACGGAAGCCACAGCAGUUCCCCAACCGUUUUGAAUUCUAGUGGCAGAAUGGAUGAAUCUGUCUGGCGACCGUAUUGAAAUUCCUCAACAGAGUCCCGGUGGCAUCUGGGGCCCAGGGCCCACAGUGUGGAUAGAUACAUAGAUAAAGAGAGCGAAUAGAUAUGUGUAUCGACUAGCUUAUCGACAAAGUGCCUACUUCCUAGAAGAGAUUUUUUUUUUUCUCCCCACUCGCUUAGUCAUGACCUUGCAACCCUAAGAGAGUAGAUUCUGAGCAGCAGAUGGCUCAAGAGAGACAGUCACCAUCAGAGUUUCAGAUUGUUUACUACUUAAGAUGUGCUUUUUUUGUUGUUGUUGUUGUUUCUCACCCAAGGGAACAGACAAGGGGAAAGGUAUGGUUGUUUGGUCUGUUCCUAGGCCGAUUCCGAGAGGUGGGCUCCAGGCGGCGGCGGAGGAAAGCAAAGCCACCUGCUCUCAGCCACAGGAGGGGUGGCGGCAGCCUGUGGGACCCGUGCACCGAGGACAGGCCUGCAAAGCCAGUCCCCGCACCCCGGGGGGGACCCGAGGCCCGGCCCCGCACCUCUCACCCCGCCGUCCACCCCGAAUCCCGGCUUCCAAACCUACUGCAGGUACCCAUUUGAACUAUUGAGCUCCGGUUUUUUGUUUGUUUUUUUUUUUCCUACUCUAAAAAAGUGACUUCCAAAAUACCGAUCAGGAUAGAUUGUUUUCAAUUUUUUAAAAAUACUUCAGCUAUUUUUUAUUUAACAACAACAACAACAAAAAUCUACUCCUGAAAAAACAAAAC